UUAACAGUGUCUUGUGGGAUUUCGCAGUUGAUGUUGAGAAGUCUGCAGAAGAUAUAUCAUCAUGAAUGAUAUUAGUGAACAUGAAGUUUGCGCUAUGUGUAAGUCACCGGCAAUACAGAAAUGUAGUGGCUGUAAAUCAGUUUUUUACUGCAGUCGUGAGCAUCAGAAACGCCAUUGGAAAGAACAUUCAAAAAAAUGUACUUCAUACAAAUUAGCGGAUGAUGUAAAUGUUGGACGACAUUACAUUGCUACGAGAAGAAUUGUAGCUGGCGACAUAAUAUUGCAAAACGAAAUGCCUAUUGUUGCUGGACCCCUUCAAGGAACUUUACCUCUAUGCUUAAAUUGUUAUGUAAUUCUUAAUGCUGAAAGUGCCAAACCAUGCUACAAAUGUGGAUGGCCACUGUGUGCUAAUUGUGAAGAACAUGGUCCAGAAUGUAACUUUACAAUAAAGCACAAAGGUAGUAAAAUCUCAAUUACAGAUUUUGAUUAUCCACAUCCAACGUAUAAGUGUGUGACUGUUAUAAGAGCUAUGUGUUUAAAGGAAUCUAACUCUGAAGCGUAUGCAAAACUCUUAAACUUGGAAGACCACUGUACAGAAUCGAACAGCAAUGAUCAGUUUAAUUUCGACGAAUGUACUGACAUUUCAACGUUUAUAAAACGAGUUUUUAAAACAACUGAUUUUACUGAAACUGAAAUUAUGAAAAUAGCUGGCAUUUUAAAGAUUAAUGGUCAUGAAGUACCUACAACUGAACCUGCGCACAUGGCAGUUUAUGAUAAUGCUUCAUUUUUUGAGCAUAGUUGUAGAGCCAAUUGUUCUAAAAGUUUCACAGAAAGUGGAGGAAUGGUUAUUCGUGCAGCUAUUCCAAUUUCUAAAGGUGAGCAUUUAACUAUUUGCUAUACGGAUCCCUUAUGGGGAAUUACAAGCAGAAGGCAUCAUUUAUUACGCACAAAGUUCUUUGAAUGCAUGUGUACAAGAUGCAAAGAUCCAACGGAAUUUAAAACCAUGUUCAAUGCUUUGAAGUGCAGCAAAGAAGAAUGCAGUGGUUGUAUGCUCCCAAGAACAUUCAUAGUUAAGAAUGAAGAAUGCUCAGAUUACAUAUGCAAUAUUUGUCAUUUUUCUAUCUCAUGGGAUGAAGCAGAGCAAAUUACUGAAAAAAUAGGAAUAGACCUUUCACAAAUGAAAAAGGGAGAUAUUCAAGCUUGUAAAACUUUCAUUCAACGACACUCUAAGACUCUUCAUGAAAAUCAUUUUUAUAUGAUAGAUGUGAAACUUGCAUUAUCACAUUUAAUUGGACAACAAACAAUUUUGCCAAAUACUGAAAUUGAACUUAUAAGUGAAAAGAUUAUGCUUUGUAAAAAGCUUAACGAAUUGUUUGAAAUUCUAGUACCAGCUGAAAAUCGUUUAAGAGGUCUAAAUCUAUUUGAAAUGCAUGCGGCAAUUGCCGAAUUUGGAAGACGACAAGAUCAGUGUGAACUAAAAACAAUUUUAAUAGAAUCGAGAAGAGUACUGACGGAAGCAUACAAAUUUCUACGUUAUGAGCCAAAUAUACUUCCUGAAGGAAAAAUUGCCAUACAGGCUAGAAGUAAUAUACUUGAGAUGGACGUGAUUAUUAAAGCACUGUGUAAAGCCUCAAUUUCUCCUAUGUAAAUAAAAUAUAGACUAUAGUAACAAAAUUAAUUGA